AUGGAUUACAAGCCUUUAAUAGAUGAUCUUAUGGUCAUGCAUUUGAAUGAUGACUAUGAUGAUACUAUUGUUAAUUUUGCUCUUAAUAAUUGUUCCCGUGAUAUCUAUAAUCAAGCUCAAUGGUUAAAGGAUGAGGGUAAUGUACAUUUUAAGAAUGGUGAGGUUGUCUCUGCCGGUGCAAAGUACGAUAGAGGCCUAAAAUUUCUUUGCUUUGGUUUACCGAGUAAUGCGGAUGAUAGUGUCAUGCUCUGGAAUUUAGCAAUUGUCUUGGAAUUGAAUCUUGCAGCUUGUGCCCUUAAGGUCCACGAUUAUAAUCAAACUAAGAAGCUUUGCUCCUUAGUCUUAAAGUUUGAUGGUAGCAAUGUUAAAUCUUUUUAUAGAAGGGCCUCAGCAGAGAUUAGACUCUACCAAUUGGAAGAGGCGUAUGAAGAUCUUGGCAAGGCAGCCAAAAUAGAGCCAAAUAAUAAGGAUAUUCUCCGCGAGCUGGAAAGGUUGACGGGACUACGUGGUCAAGCUAGCAAACUCAAUGGUAAGAGGGGUGCCGAGAAUUCUGACCUCACUCACUGUACUCACACAAAAAAGGGAAAGGCCUCUGAACCCCUUGUUAGCCUUGUGUGCAACCCGUCAUCGCAUAGUGAGGAUCAAAGUGGUGUUACUAGCUGCCUUCCAACCACAAAUUAG